ACUCCGCCCCCUCGCCCGACCGCCGCCAUGUUUAGUUGUUACUUCUUCACACAAGAUGGCGGCUCCCAGGGAGGAGGCAUGAGCGCCCUGGCGUUACCGGUCCUUCUGCCGUACAGUUGCUACACCGGGGCCUAACUCUGGCUCUUUGGAGCGGCUCCUGUGGGAAGGAGUCUUAAGGAGGGAAGCGAGGAUUGGACGCUGCCUUGUGUUUGGUUUGCUGCGGAAGAACUGAUCCAAGAGGAAGAGAAUAGGUGGGGAAGGGGAAGCUAGUCUCAAGAUGGCGGCUCCCAGGGUGGCAGGCGCAGCCUGAGCAGCAGAUGUAGACUUAGGGAGAGGUGGGAGAUCUCACGAGCCGUACGGCGCGGGAGCUGUAGCAGCCCCUGAGAGUUCGAGCUCGUUCAAUCAGCUUCUAGUACGCCUCCGUUUCUUAGGAACAUUGAGGCUGAUUCGGAAACGGCGGCUAUACUGUGCUGGGCGGGGAAGGGGGACAGUCUCAAGAUGGCGGCUCCCACAAUUGUGGUCUGAGCGCCGGCGGGCUGAGACCACUGCGGAGUUUGUGGCUUUUUUUUCCACCCGCCCCGGAAGCCGGCCAGUGCUGGGGACUUGGGGGUGUGGGAACCGGGCCGGGGCUCCGCCAUUUCCGGCGGGGGAGGGCUACGAUUGAGGAAGGGAGGAGAGAGAGGCGGCUCAAGAUGGCGGCUCCCAGAGCCUCCCGCCCGAGCUUGUAAGUGGGAGCCCUCGGACAAAUAGUUAGAGUGGCGGGACUCAGUGGCCUCAAGCUUUUUGGGCCUAGGUGCUCGACAGUUUCGGGAAGCUUUUAAGCAGACGAGCUAAGUGAGGAGGAGGAGAAGAGUCGAAGGGAAGGAGGAUAGUUAAGAUGGCGGCCUCCAUGGAGUCGUCCACCACUGUGUAAGGAAUCGCUCCUCCGUGAGAGCUGCUUUAGACGAAAGGGGGUGUGUAGGGGGAAUUAAAGGGCUCCCUCCUGCUCGGUGACUUAUUCCCACCGCAUCCUUUCCCGGAACUAUGGCCUCGGCCGUGUCGCCCGCCAACUUGCCGGCGGUGCUCCUGCAGCCCCGCUGGAAGCGAGUGGUGGGCUGGUCGGGACCUGUGCCCCGACCCCGCCACGGCCACCGCGCCGUGGCCAUCAAGGAGCUCAUCGUAGUGUUUGGCGGCGGCAACGAAGGGAUCGUGGACGAACUGCACGUGUACAACACUGCGACCAACCAGUGGUUCAUCCCAGCAGUGAGAGGGGACAUCCCUCCAGGGUGUGCAGCCUAUGGCUUCGUGUGUGAUGGUACUCGCCUGCUGGUGUUUGGUGGGAUGGUGGAGUAUGGGAAAUACAGCAAUGACCUCUACGAGCUCCAGGCAAGUCGCUGGGAAUGGAAGAGACUCAAAGCAAAGACACCCAAAAAUGGGCCCCCUCCUUGUCCUCGGCUUGGGCACAGCUUCUCCCUUGUAGGCAACAAAUGUUAUCUGUUUGGGGGUCUGGCCAAUGAUAGUGAGGACCCCAAGAACAACAUUCCAAGGUACCUAAAUGACUUAUAUAUCCUGGAACUACGGCCAGGCUCUGGAGUGGUCGCCUGGGACAUCCCCAUCACUUACGGGGUCCUGCCCCCGCCCCGGGAGUCACAUACUGCUGUGGUCUAUACUGAAAAAGACAACAAGAAAUCUAAGCUGGUGAUCUAUGGAGGGAUGAGUGGCUGUAGGCUAGGUGACCUCUGGACCCUGGACAUCGAAACUCUGACAUGGAAUAAGCCCAGCCUCAGUGGGGUGGCGCCCCUUCCUCGUAGUCUGCACUCUGCAACCACCAUAGGAAACAAAAUGUAUGUGUUUGGUGGCUGGGUGCCUCUCGUCAUGGAUGAUGUCAAAGUGGCCACACACGAGAAGGAGUGGAAGUGUACCAACACGCUGGCUUGUCUCAACCUGGAUACCAUGGCCUGGGAGACCAUCCUGAUGGACACCCUGGAGGACAACAUUCCCCGUGCUCGAGCGGGCCACUGUGCAGUUGCUAUUAACACCCGCCUGUACAUUUGGAGUGGGCGUGAUGGCUAUCGCAAGGCCUGGAACAACCAGGUCUGCUGCAAGGACCUGUGGUACCUAGAGACAGAAAAGCCACCACCUCCAGCCCGGGUUCAGCUGGUACGAGCCAAUACCAAUUCACUGGAGGUUAGCUGGGGGGCAGUUGCAACAGCCGACAGUUACCUUCUGCAGCUCCAAAAAUAUGACAUUCCUGCCACGGCUGCUACUGCCACCUCCCCCACACCCAAUCCAGUCCCAUCUGUGCCUGCCAACCCUCCCAAGAGCCCUGCGCCAGCAGCAGCUGCACCUGCUGUGCAGCCACUGACCCAAGUAGGCAUCACGCUCCUGCCCCAGGCUGCUGCUGCACCUCCGAGCACCACCACCAUCCAGGUCUUGCCGACAGUGCCAGGCAGCUCCAUUUCUGUGCCUGCUGCGGCCAGAACUCAAGGUGUCCCUGCUGUUCUUAAAGUGACUGGUCCUCAGGCUACAACAGGAACUCCACUGGUCACCAUGCGACCUGCUAGCCAGGCUGGAAAAGCCCCUGUCACUGUGACCUCCCUGCCUGCCAGCGUGCGAAUGGUUGUGCCCACACAGAGUGCCCAGGGGACGGUGAUUGGCAGCAACCCACAGAUGAGUGGGAUGGCUGCACUAGCUGCUGCUGCCGCUGCCACCCAGAAGAUCCCUCCUUCCUCAGCACCCACGGUGCUAAGUGUCCCAGCAGGCACUACCAUUGUCAAGACUGUGGCUGUGACACCUGGCACAACCACCCUUCCAGCCGCUGUGAAGGUGGCCUCCUCGCCUGUCAUGGUGAGCAACCCAGCCACUCGCAUGUUGAAGACUGCAGCUGCCCAGGUGGGGACCUCUGUGUCCUCAGCUGCCAACACAUCUACCCGUCCUAUCAUCACGGUACACAAGUCGGGGACUGUGACAGUGGCCCAGCAAGCCCAGGUGGUGACCACAGUGGUAGGUGGAGUUACCAAGACCAUCACCCUGGUGAAGAGCCCCAUCUCUGUCCCAGGAGGCAGUGCUCUGAUUUCCAAUCUGGGAAAAGUGAUGUCAGUGGUCCAGACCAAACCAGUUCAGACUUCAGCUGUCACAGGCCAAGCAUCUACAGGCCCUGUGACUCAGAUCAUCCAGACCAAAGGGCCGCUGCCAGCAGGGACAAUCCUGAAGCUGGUAACUUCAGCAGAUGGCAAGCCCACCACCAUCAUCACCACCACACAGGCUAGUGGGGCAGGGACCAAGCCCACCAUCUUGGGCAUCAGCAGCGUCUCCCCCAGCACCACCAAACCUGGCACAACCACGAUCAUCAAGACCAUCCCCAUGUCAGCCAUUAUCACCCAGGCAGGGGCCACAGGUGUGACAAGCAGUGCUGGCAUCAAGUCACCCAUCACCAUUAUUACCACCAAAGUGAUGACUUCAGGAACUGGAGCACCUGCCAAAAUCAUUACUGCAGUCCCCAAGAUUGCCACUGGCCAUGGACAACAAGGAGUGACUCAGGUGGUGCUAAAGGGGGCCCCUGGACAGCCAGGCACCAUCCUCCGCACUGUGCCCAUGAGCAACGUUCGCCUGGUCAACCCUGUCACCGUCUCCGCUGUCAAGCCAGCCGUCACCACAUUGGUUGUGAAGGGCACCACAGGUGUCACGACCCUAGGCACAGUGACGGGCACCGUCUCUACCAGCCUUGCAGGAGCUGGGGCUCAUAGUACCAGUGCCUCCCUGGCUACACCCAUCACCACCUUGGGCACAAUUGCUACUCUGUCAAGCCAGGUGAUCAACCCCACCGCCAUCACAGUGUCAGCUGCCCAGACCACCCUGACAGCUGCUGGUGGGCUUACCACGCCCACCAUCACUAUGCAGCCUGUAUCUCAGCCUACGCAGGUAACUCUGAUCACAGCACCCAGCGGGGUCGAGGCCCAGCCUGUGCAUGACCUUCCUGUGUCCAUUCUGGCCUCACCUACUACGGAACAGCCCACAGCCACAGUCACCAUUGCCGACUCAGGUCAGGGUGAUGUGCAGCCUGGUACUGUGACACUGGUGUGCUCCAACCCUCCCUGCGAGACCCACGAGACAGGCACCACCAACACAGCCACUACCACCGUUGUGGCUAACCUUGGGGGACAUCCCCAGCCUACCCAGGUGCAGUUUGUCUGUGAUAGACAGGAGGCUGCUGCUUCUCUUGUGACCUCAGCUGUGGGGCAGCAGAACGGCAGUGUGGUCCGCGUCUGCUCCAACCCCCCCUGCGAGACCCACGAGACCGGCACCACCAACACUGCCACCACAGCCACCUCCAACCUGGCCGGGCAGCAUGGCUGCUCCAACCCUCCCUGCGAGACGCACGAGACAGGCACCACCAGCACUGCCACCACAGCCAUGUCCAGCAUGGGCACCGGGCAGCAGAGAGAGGCCCGUCGUGCCUCUAGCACCCCCACGGUGGUGCGGAUCAAUGUUGCUCCUGGGGCAUUGGAGAGAGCCCAAGGUUCUGUCAAACCACAGUGCCCGACCAGUGUGACCAGUGCCACCAUGACUGUGCUGGCCACUGGGACCCAGUGCUCAGCUGGCCCACUGCUCAGGCCAAGUGUGGCACUGGAUGCUGGGGCCCACAGCCCUGCCUUUGUGCAGCUGGCCCUUCCAAGUGGCAGAGUCAGGCUAAGUGGCCCCAGCAACAAGGACAUGCCCACAGGGCGCCAGCUGGAGACCCAGCACACUUACACAACCAACACCCCAACUACCGCCCGCUCUGUCAUGGGCACUGGGGAGCUGGGUGUGGCUCGGGCGGUUGCCACACCUACAUAUGAUAGCCUCCAGACCAGCUCUCCCAGCACCACCAUGACUGUGACAGCCCUAGAGGCGCUGCUGUGCCCCUCUGCUACCGUGACCCAAGUCUGCUCCAACCCACCAUGUGAGACCCAUGAGACAGGCACCACCAACACCGCCACUACCUCCAACGCAGGCAGCGCCCAGCGGGUGUGCUCAAACCCACCUUGUGAGACUCAUGAGACGGGCACCACACAUACUGCCACCACUGCCACCUCAAACGGGGGUGCGGGCCAGCCUGAGGGUGGACAACAGCCUCCUGCUGGCCGCCCCUGUGAGACACACCAGACCACUUCCACCGGCACCACCAUGUCAGUCAGCGUGGGUGCCCUGCUUCCUGAUGCCACUCCUUCCCAUGGGACCCUGGAGUCUGGCUUGGAGGCAGCUGCAGCGCCCACUGUCGCCUCCCAGGCUGGUUCCGCAUUGUUGGCUCCUUUCCCAACACAGAGGGUGUGCUCCAACCCUCCUUGCGAAACCCACGAGACAGGCACCACGCACACGGCCACCACCGUCACCUCCAACAUGAGCUCAAACCAAGAUCCCCCACCAGCUGCCAGUGAUCAGGGAGAGGUGGAGAGCACGCAGGGUGACAGCGCAAACAUCACCAGCUCCAGUGCCAUCACGACAACUGUACCCUCCACGCUGCAGCGAGCCGUGACCACUGUGACACAGUCUACACCAGUCCCAGGCCCCUCUGUGCCGAACAUAUCAUCACUGACUGAGACUACCCCAGGGGCUCUGACUUCCGAAGUCCCCAUUCCGACCACGAUAACAAUGACCAUAGCCAACACAGAAACUUCUGACAUGUCCUUCUCUGCUGUUGACAUCCUGCAGCCCCCAGAGGAACUCCAGGUCACACCGGGACCUCGCCAGCAGCUGCCACCACGGCAACUCCUCCAGUCGGCCUCCACACCCCUGAUGGGGGAGUCCACUGAGGUCCUAUCAACCUCCCAGACCCCUGAGCUCCAGGCCGCCGUGGAUCUGAGCAGUACAGGGGACCCAUCUUCAGGCCAGGAGCCUGCCAGCUCUGCUGUUGUGGCCACUGUGGUGGUCCAGCCACCCCCUCCCACCCAGUCCGAAGUAGACCAGUUAUCACUUCCCCAGGAGCUUAUGGCUGAAGCCCAGGCAGGCACCACAACCCUCAUGGUGACAGGGCUCACCCCAGAGGAGCUGGCAGUGACUGCUGCCGCGGAAGCAGCUGCUCAGGCUGCAGCCACAGAGGAGGCCCAAGCCCUGGCCAUCCAGGCGGUGCUGCAGGCAGCGCAGCAGGCCGUCAUGGCAGGUACUGGGGAGCCCAUGGACACAUCUGAGGCAGCGGCUGCUGUGACACAGGCAGAACUGGGUCACCUUUCAGCUGAGGGCCAAGAGGGCCAGGCCACCACCAUACCCAUCGUGCUGACACAGCAGGAACUGGCCGCCUUGGUACAGCAGCAGCAGCAACUGCAGGAGGCCCAGGCCCAGGCCCAGCACCAGCACCACCUUCCCACUGAGGCCCUGGCUCCGGCUGACAGCCUCAAUGACCCCACCAUCGAGAGCAACUGUCUGAAUGAGCUGGCUGCUGCUGUUCCCAGUACUGUGGCCCUGCUACCCUCCACGGCCACUGAGAGCCUGGCUCCGUCCAACACGUUUGUAGCCCCUCAGCCAGUUGUGGUAGCCAGCCCAGCAAAGCUGCAGGCUGCAGCUACCCUGACUGAAGUGGCCAAUGGGAUCGAGUCCCUGGGUGUGAAGCCAGACUUGCCACCCCCACCCAGUAAAGCACCUGUGAAAAAAGAGAACCAAUGGUUUGAUGUGGGGGUCAUUAAGGGCACCAAUGUAAUGGUGACACACUAUUUCCUGCCACAAGAUGAUGCUGUUCCAUCAGAUGAUGACUCAGGCACCAUCCCUGACUAUAACCAGCUGAAGAAGCAGGAGCUGCAGCCUGGCACAGCCUAUAAGUUUCGUGUUGCUGGCAUCAACGCCUGUGGCCGGGGGCCCUUCAGUGAAAUCUCUGCCUUUAAAACAUGUCUGCCUGGGUUCCCAGGAGCCCCUUGUGCCAUUAAAAUCAGCAAAAGUCCAGAUGGUGCUCACCUCACCUGGGAGCCACCGUCUGUGACCUCUGGCAAGAUCAUCGAGUACUCAGUGUACCUGGCCAUCCAGAGCUCACAGGCCGGUGGUGAGCCCAAGAGCUCCACACCAGCCCAGCUCGCCUUUAUGCGGGUAUACUGCGGACCCAGCCCCUCCUGCCUCGUGCAGUCCUCCAGUCUCUCCAAUGCCCACAUUGACUAUACCACCAAGCCUGCCAUCAUUUUCCGCAUCGCUGCCCGCAAUGAAAAGGGCUAUGGCCCAGCCACGCAAGUGAGGUGGUUGCAAGAAACCAGUAAAGACAGCUCAGGCACCAAGCCAGCCAGCAAGCGGCCCAUGUCGUCUCCCGAAAUGAAAUCUGCUCCAAAGAAGUCUAAGGCCGAUGGUCAGUGAGGAAGCUGACCAGCACCUGGAUCCUCCAGACCCUCUGCUUCAGGAAUGCCCUCCAGGGCCCGCCCUCCCACCCUGCCCGCCUGGUCUUUGCACUUCGCCCUCACCAGCCACUGGCCACCAUUCAGUCUCCCCCUUUCUCUGUUUUUACAAUAAUCUAAAAAGAAAGCACAUUUUACCAUUUCUGCAGAUUGAAAAGAACAGCGAGCAAGUGAACGAGAGUUGAGCUCCUUCCUUCUCCCCACCUUGCACCCACCCCUAGCAGAGUGAGACUGGACAGUUCAUAGACCUUGGAGGAAGAGAAGUUGAAACUGAAAACAAAGGAAAUAGCUAUACCCACACUUAAAAGCCUGCACUUGUGAUUCAUUGCCCUUAGCCUCAUGGGCAUUCAAGGGCUGGGGCGUGUGUUCCCUGAGUCCUUCCUCAGAUAGGCUUUUCCAGGCUGGCCCCCCAUGUUGGGGGUCUGGUUCCGUUUUAUUUUGUUAUUAACCCUUGUGUUCCAGCCACCUCGCAUCCCUUCCUCAGGCUUACUAGACACCUCUCCCAGCGAACCCGUAGGAAGCUAACGUGAUCUGUUCAGAGACCUUUGUGCUCCCACUCGCCACCUUCCUGCUUCGCUGCAGAGAGGAAAGAGGGGAAAGGAGGAGCCUUGGGUGGCCUGAGCAGUGGCUAUGAAAUUCCCGGAUGGGCACAGUGGCCCCCAGCAAUCUUGGCUUGGGCCUUGGGGGGGGGGGGUCAUAUCACCAACUGCUGCAUUUGUUGUAUUUUUUAAGUUGAAAUGGAUGAAGUUAACAUUUUUAUUGUAAUUUUAGCCUUAGUGUGUGGGGUUUUAUCCCUUUUUUUGUUGUUGUUAGCUGUGUACAGAAUGUGUUAUCUUUUUCCUUUUUCCUUUUUUUUUUUUUUUUCCCUCCCUCCUUGGCUACUCCUUGGCAGGGAUCUUCAUGAGGAAAAGCUGAGGGCAGCUGGGGCAGGAGAGGUAUGGAGCAUCCUGUGUGCUACCUGGUAUUCACCGCCCAGCCGUUUCCUGUUGGCUAGCCCUGCCUGCCUCUGGAACACAGAGAUGCCAGACCUCGCUGCCCUUGGGUUAGCACUUCGCAUGCAGAGGCUUGGGCUUGAGGGUGGGCCCCGCCUCCAGCAGCAUCACGCCUGCAGUGAUUAGCCUCUGAACAACUGCAGCCAGGGCAGGAGCCUGGGGCCUUCGGAGACAUGGCCGCCUUGGAAAGGUUAGCCCAGAGAGGGUGGGUGUAAGAGUGCCAGAAACCAACUCAGUGAAUGUAGGGUUGUCCCCAGGCUCUGGAUUUUUCUGCCUCAAGACCCAAGUUUUAGGCAAUGAGUAAGGUUUGUAAGCAAGUUACUGAAGGAUUUAAGAUGAACAGCCAAUAUUUUCAGCUCCCCCCCACCCCAACCUUUGGCCCACACCCUCUGGGGCCUCUGGUUUGUUGUAAUAUAUUUCUCUGUGGAAAACGUCACGUUUAGUCAACUUGGAGCCCACUCGCCUGGUCCCUUUGUUUUAUUCCCAUUCCUUCUCCCAAGCGCCCUUUGAUUUCUCUUCUGAGAACAGUACUCCCAUUCAUCUAUUGUAGAGUAACCCCUGUGACUCAAUAUUACCAUAGUGCGAUGUUGUUUUGUGCUAUUUUGAACAAUUAAAAAGACUUUUUUUGAAAUAACAA